AUGGAAGUGUUCAAGUUGCUCAGCACACACGAUACCUUUUUCCAUAGUCCGAACCCGACCUCUGUCUCUCGACUUCCCCUGUCUGGGCCUGGGCAACCUGGCAGCAUCUCAGCCCCCGUAAUUCCUUCAGGUAGCAUGGCAACUAGGCACCGAAAGGCUGCUACAGCUGAAAGUGUCACUCUCUCUGAUAUUCACAUCAACUCACGAUCGUAUGGGGAGAAAUUCCUGAUAAACAGGUCACGUCGAAGCAGAACAGAUGAUCACGACCCAAAAGUACACUCAAAGGACCAAAACGGAAUCCUUGCGCUACCUCUGAACUACCUACUCACCGAGUCUGUAACACCCUUUCGUUGCCUAACUGCCACACCAUCUGAAGGAAUCGCGAGGGCUGAGAUACUGCCAGGUUGCCCCAGCUUUGGGAGGACCAGUCGAGAUGCAGCGGUUCGGUCCGAACCACAGACUUUCCGGCAACGUCGAUUGUCUGCACCGUCUAGUGAUCGUACCAACCACUCACGUGCUGACGCGCCCACGUACGCGCAAACGGACCUACAUAUAGGGAAACCGUCAGCACACGCAGACUCGCGCGCGCGCAGGCAGCAAGGAGUCAGCCAAACACUCCAAGUCCACGGACAAACAUGGAAUACGUGUAGCAGCCAAACUGCGGAGGAAACACAUUCCCGCUGUCCGGACAUUUACCAAGGGACUCUCCCUGUUGGCUUGCUCCACUUGCUCUUUAUUUUAUACAUGCUGCAAAUCGCCCCUGUAAACAACUGUCAAUCACAGUUAAAAACUUUUAGUAAGGACAGUACGAGUUUACUGCCAGACACGCACACGCGCGAAUUCUCUGACAUACCGAAGCAGCUACCAAAAGGGGAACCGCGAGACGUUUGGGUGACGUCGGUGAUACUCGCCGUCCAGGAUGGGGACCGCGUGAUCCCCACUGCGCCUGGUUGGAGACACUGUAAGGUAUGGCUGCCAACCGAUGUCAGUGGCGCUCUUAUUGUCAGUUUCUAUCCAGAUUGCCUGAUUGGGUCCUUGGAGGUAUAUGCACCUCGGAAUGAUUGUACUAAGGUAGCCCCAUCUCCGUUCACCUUAAUUCUUUUCUUCUCAAUAAGACUUACAAAUAAAUCAUGGUUGUACGGCAGAGAAGCAUCCGUGUUGAGCACCGAUGUCACGCGAUCGAUGAUGAUGGUGAUGAGUUGCGGGCUAGAUUUCAUAUUACCCCAUACCUCUUCCACUACGCCAGCUGCUGCCAUAAGCAGCGACGACCCGAACAUCACACACGGUUGUCGAGCCGAACUGACCUACCACGGCGACUCCGCCGUUUAG